GGCAUUACUCAUUUUUCGCGACAAGACAAACUAGAGCGUCAGUGGAGACAUUCAUUGCAGAUACAAGACGAGGUGAUGCUCUAACGGAAGAUUCUAGAAGGAUAUGGCCUCUGCAUCUUCACAUGACCUUCUACGACCUGUAGUUCUUGGCAGCGUCAUAGUAAUGUGUGUCCUAGGUACAUUUUGGAUGUACUACACACCCACAGCCAACAGAUCCUACCCAUGCCCUGGUGUACUAAGGGAAGGGAACCAGACACAGCCAGCUCCCAACCAAACACCCAAGACACAUGACCAGCAUGACAGAUUUCAGACGGAGGAUGGAGUCAAAGAAGCAGAAACUAUUGUCUUGAUCUGGAUGUGGCCUUUUGGAGUUCCAUUUGAUCUGAGCUCUUGUGCUUCCUUCAACAUCAAAGGUUGUCUACUAACAGCAAACAGAAGUCUUUACAACAAGGCGAAUGUUGUGAUGUUCCAUCACAGGGACAUCGCCAGUGACCUGAGUGAUAUGCCAAAAGAGCCACGACCAUGGUUCCAAAAAUGGGUUUGGUACAAUAUGGAGUCACCAACAUACACACAAAGGAUCCCAGGUCUUGACCACUUGUUCAAUGUAACUGCAAGUUAUCGACUGAGUUCUGAUGUUUAUGUGCCUUAUGGGUCACUUGUUGAAGUGAGCAGUGAUGAUAAAAGCUUUGAGCUGCCAAAGAAAGACAAAUUGGUCUGUUGGGUUGUAAGCCACUGGAAUCCAAACCACAAGAGAGUACCGAUCUACAAUGAGCUAAAUAAAUAUGUCAAGAUAGAUGCAUUUGGACGACACUUUGAAAAAUAUAUAGAGGACAAGGCACAGAUUGUGUCCAGCUGUAAAUUCUACCUGGCAUUUGAAAACUCUAUCCACCAAGACUACAUUACUGAGAAGCUGUAUGAAACCUUGCAUUCAGGAUCUGUGCCGGUUGUUCUCGGUCCACCCAGGCAAAACUAUGAAGCUGUUGUCCCAAAGGACUCUUUCAUUCAUGUGGAUGACUUUCCUUCACUGAAGGAACUGGCAGAUUGGCUUAUUUUCCUUGACAAGAAUGAAACACAAUACUUAAAGUAUUUUAUCUGGCGGAAACACUAUAAAGUAAAUUUAACGGGCUGUGGAAAAGACCAUGCUUGUCGAGCGUGUGGCUAUCUUCAACAGAAUAAAGGAUACAGAAUUUUUCAGAAUCUAAAUACAUGGUUUUGGGGCUAAUGGGUCUUCUUGAGUCUACAAUGUUGAGGAAUUCACCUAAAUAUUUUCUUAAACAUAUUUGAUCUAGUUAUUCAUAUGGUGCAACAGAGCCGAUUGCAAAAGUGUAGUUCCAAUGUGUUUUAUUUACAUGUGUAACAAGACAUUGUGUAAUUACUAAAACAAAAAUCAUGUAUAGUUACACACUUUUAAUAACCUAUACUAAUUAAUCAUUAUUCUUUUGCAAUUUCAAUGUAAUACCAGGGGAAGCAAACCACUAAAUAUUAUGUAUUCAUAACCCUCUGUUUUAUGAGUCCUUUUUUAUGUGGCAUAGGUUAUCUGUCAAAUAAGCUCAGGUUUGGCUCCCUCAGGUGGAUGUUACAUU